CAAAGUUGUGUCACCGAUUUCUAUGCUUGCCGAUGCCCGGGCCUUACUGUACCAGGGGCCAGGUCUCAUCACAAACCCUACAAUAAUCACAAACACGCAUGUCCCCAUGCUGAACCCAGAAGCCAUCAGCCUUUGCCACCUAGGUGCCAGAGGUUGCAGCUGCCUGGACUGGAACCCUGCCCCAGUUCCCCAGCUCAUGCCAGCUCUCCAGCUGACCCUGGAUCCCAGUCGCCCAUCCCUAUCAGAAUAAAGAGCACCACUGUUUCAGAAGGUCCAGACCUUUGUGCCACAGCUCAACAGCGGGACAAGGUCCCCUCAGAUGACUCCAUCUCCGAGCUCCAGGCCUGCCUGAGGCAGACAUGUAAGUUGGGAGCCCAGGCUGGGGCCCUGAGGGCUGGAGUCCAGAAGAAUGCUGUGGAGCCUUACCCUGAUGCCAAGGAGCCCACAUAGCAACCAUAUGUUGAGAAAGUCCCUGCGUACCAGCGCUUCCAUGCCCUGGCCCAGCCUGGUCCUCCGGGCCUUGUCCUGCCAUACAAGUAUCAAGUGCUGGCUGAGAUGUUCCGCAGCAUGGACACUAUUGUGGGCAUGCUCCACAAUCGCUCUGAGACCGUGACCUUCGCUAAAGUCAAGCAAGGAGUUCAGGACAUGAUGCAACGCAGCGUGGGCCAGAUCAAAACUGUGUAUUGGUUGUAUUGCUUCCGCCAGGAAUGCAAUGUCCCCACCUUCAAGGACAGCAUCAAGAGAUCUGAUUACCAACUCACCAUAGAGCCCUUGCUGGACCACGAGGCUGGUGGUGGUGCCACACAGCCCACAGAUGUGUGCCUCCUGCAGCGCCGGCAGGUCUUCCGGCAGAACCUGGUGGAGCGAGUCAAGGAGCAUCACAAGGCUUAAUGAGCUACCCUGAGUCCAGGGGAGAUGGAGAAGCACCUGUUGCUCCUGGCCGAGUUGCUGCCAGACUGGCUCAGCCUGCACCGCAUUCGCACUGAGACCUACAUCAAACUGGAUAAAGCCACUGAUCUGGCUGGCCUCACUGCGAGGCUGGCCCACCAGGUCAGCAGGUGGACGUUGAGGGGCUAUGACUUGAAUUCCUCGCCUUGA